AUGGUAUGUUCUAAUGAGCUGCUUAUAAUUAGCAAUGAGAAAAGUGAAGAAGUGAAUGAUAUAUUUGCAAAGAAUGCUCCCGAUACACAGCUGGGACAAGCUGUGACAAAUUUACAUUUGUCGUGGUCGCAGUUAGUAAAUGAUUUGCUGGCACGAACGGGUUAUGUACCACCCACUUUAGAACAUAUCAAAGAAGUUGCUGAAUGCGCAAUCCGUCAGUUGAAAGAUUCUUGUCAUGAUUUGACUCGUGAAUUCGCGCGUGUAGGACUCGAAUGGCGUUUGAAUCAUCCAGAACAAGCUCUUGCUGAAGAUCUAGCUGAUUAUGAUCAGGCUAUACUGCGGCAAGAAAAGUUGUUGGAACGGGCUUCUAAUAUUAUUCGAAGGCAGUUGAUUGAUGGUGAGGACGGAAAAACUUCUCUAGAAAUGGAUUAA